AUGGAAAGGUGUUGGAAUUCGGACUUGAAUCAACGACCAACAGCUAAUGAAUUAGGAGAUAUUAUUAUUAAUUGGUCGACUUCUCAUAUGGAACAAUUUCAAAAUGCUGUCAUAAUGUUUUGGAAGACUCAAUUAAUUUCUAAGCCUAGAAAAAUGGAUCAUCCAAAAGCAUAUUAUACUAGUCGACUACUCAAUCCUUUUGCGUUAAAUAAUCUUCGUGAAUAUGAAAGACGUAAAACUACUGAAAUUAAUGUAAAUUGUGAUGAAACCUUUAUUAGUGAAAAUAUGGAAUCAUUGGCUCUAACAAGUAAUGAAGUUCGUAUGUUAAAAGAAUAUGACCUAGAGCCGCGAGAUGACGGCUACUGA